GCUUCAGAUGAAUACAAACGAACACGAUCGGCAAUGUAUCCAAACAUGGAAGCGUACCUACUUUGCGCCGCGGUGGAUGAUAAGCCAUCAGUGGAGAAUUUGUUAAAAUGGAUGAGCGAACUAAAAUCUUCCCGUGUUCACAAACGCCCCAUAGUCUUGCAUCUGACCAAAUGUGAUUUGAAGCUGGACGAAACGAUUUCCGCAGAGACCCUAGUUGGGCAACAACUGGUUAACCAGAUGGCCUCGAAAUUGCAGGUCGCAGAUCUAUUCUACUGUUCCGCAAAAACUGGUGAAAAUGUGGAGGUCGCUUUCAAAAGGGCAGCAGAGUUGGCGAUUCGUUCGGAUCAAAAGGGGAAAUCGAAAUGUGUUAUUGUUUAAAUGCAUUGCAUUAGUGUGGGUAUUUUCAAAUGUGGGUCAGCGAAACAAUCGCUUUCUCUACUCCUUUGUCAAUUGCCACACUGAUUUUCUUAUAAAUGUUAGUAUUAUGAGUGAUCAGAUGUCUACUUGAAAACUAACACUAAUUGCACAUGUUCAGCAUGAAGGAAGUGCAAAGAAUGUUUUUGUGUCUUUCAUUUUCAAUAUUCUUGUCUAGAUAUGUUUCAGAAUGGGUGUUUUUCUCCCACUGCAGGGAGCUACCGAAUCGUCUUUGGAUUCUCUGUCGCACUCGAUUGGAUGUUUGAUGUGUAUUUGAGCUGCCUUUAUUUACUUGAAAGCAAUUAUUCCUCAACUGUAAAACUUGACGGGUUUUCUU